CCAGUUGGAUCAGUUGGUGUUGCUGAGGUUGUGGUGCCCUCUAGAGUUCAAAAGUAUGUGUGGAUUUGUAUCAUGUUACUCAGGAGCCCCUCCCCCAGUCUCCAUGGAUACUAGUCUACAACAAGCAUGGGAGAGAACCUGUUUUAUAUGUAGAUGGCACAGCAAAAAAAAUUAUAUUAGACCAACAGAAAUUGAGAUAUUCCUGGACUUUUUUUGUUACUUGUGGAGCAUCUCUGGAACAUUAUGCCCAAGGUGGUGUACAAAGUGUCCUCCACUGCCAAGUUGGAGCGGUUGGAAAUAGAGUUGUCUGCCCAGCUGUCAGCUCUCAGAACGGUGAUAGAGGAGAAUGGAUCUCCCCUGGAAACACCCCCCAAGUCCUGCAGCUCCGUUCCGUUUCCUAAAGAUAUAUUGUACUUCCGUAAAGAGAGAGAGCAGGUCCUAAGAAGAAGUCUUCAGGUGGCAGGAACCUUGUCGUUGGUAUCUCCAUCUGAUGUCAUACAGAGAGAGCUGGAGAGCUGCCUCCAUCUGGAGUACACAAAUGAGAGUCUGCCUCUUCUCUUGCACCAGUUUUAUACAGACCAAUGCUACCAGCUGGCCCAGGUCAAGUACCAGCUGAUGCUGCGAUGGAGAAGGUUUUGUCGUCACUCUCACAUCAUUGAGCAGCUGUACCCCUUCUACAAGGCCCAGCUGUCUCACCUCAUCAGUGCAUAUGAGGAUGCAGUCCAGAGGGCCAGGAGACUGGCUGUGUCCAGGGAGAAGGCCCUGACAGGGCACGGCAACCCCAUCAGUUAUGUCACCCUGGGCGACGUGUCCAUCUACCUCACAUGGUUGGUCUGUCACUUGCAUGCAAGGAAGACCAUACACCACUUUCUGCGAGUGAUCCAUUACAUCCCAGCCUCUGAAAGGAGGGAUGAACAAUUAUUAAGAAAGUUCCCAUCAACUUCCUCAGAACUGGUUGAAUCUGUCAACACAUCGAAAGAAGACAAAGAACACAUCUUGCCUGGCCUUGAGGGGUUUCAGAAACUGGCUGAUGGCGUUCUGAUUCACACUGUGAGGCUGGAGGGGUUUCUCCCAGAAUUACAAAACCUGAUCUCGUACUUUCAUUUACCCUACAACACGCAAAACAUCAGGAACACUGCAGACGAGAUGGAGCUCUUCAGUAUGGUCUUGAGGGAGUUCAGGGUGCUCUUUAGAAAGCAGGAGGAGAUGAAGACCUUCCUUCAGUAUGACGGGACCGAGGCUGUAGAGGGACAGUGGGGGAGGAAGAGGAGUAGCUUGGCACUGAGGAAGAUCGCUAACUGGAUACCAUACAUUCAGGUGAAGCCCAAACGGGAUCCCUGGCAACAGAAACUCAUCACCAAGCUGAAGGAUCUCCAGUCUUCUGAUGAUUUGCUCAGGGCUCAUUGCAGGUUCCUCCAGCUGUCCGAUCCAGGCCUUGUGACUGAGGCCCUGAGGGAACACGCUUCCCAGGUUUGUGACCCCAAGGUUACCCAGCCCUCAUCAACCAUGAUAUCAUCAGUGACCGCCUCACAGGUCUGGAGCAGCAUUUACCGUGCCGCCAAUCAAUCUCAGGAAUCCCAAGGAUGUGGAGUACAGCAUAAAAGCAACAAACAUAAUAGAACCUCUUCAGUCGAGAAAAGAAAUGAAAGUGAUCCCAGCUAUAGCUACCUGAGCAGCCUGCAGCUGCUGGGGCUGGAUGAAGGCCUGGAGGGGGAGGAGGGUACUACAGACCCUGUCACAGCCAGGGGAGCCUACCUGUCACUGCUCUGCCUUCGACACCUUAAGAUCAGGGAACUGCAGCGCAUCUGCCUGGGCAUUCUGAACUACCUGAGGUCCAUAGAGAGAACACUGACCUUUGACAUGGCUGGGAUGCGCGUGGAGGGAGACGGAGAAAGUUCAGGAGGUGAGGCCGGUGGGGAAGAAGCCAGAGGAAGUGGUCUUGUCAGCAGCGCGGAGGAGUCAAGCUGGAUGAGUGCGGCCAGGGGGGCCAGUGGGACAGUAGGAGGUCUAGGCUCUCACCUCUACAGCCAGAACACUCCUGUUGAUUACAAGGUUCAUUGCUCGGAGUUCAUGCAGUUCCCUGAGGUAGAGAAUCUUCAUGAUUUCUACACCACGGAGGAGAGAUAUGUCCACACCCAGGACCAGAGGGGUCUCUACGUGAUUUACAAUGUGGCCCUGAAUGACCUGCAGGAGCUGGAGGAAGCACUGACUCUACUGGGCUCACACUUCAUCCAGAGGAGCAGCAGAGGGGCUGAGGGGAAUGCCAAGGCUCAGUCUACUGCCACAGACCUCCAGUUCUCUUGGGCUCUGACAAACGUGGAUAGAGUUGCAGUCCUCCUGGACCUGUGGACCUGUGAAGCGUCAUUUUUGGAGAGCAAAGUGCAGCUGUUGAACUGCUACUUUGAGGCCUACCAGCAUGUGACUGGACCAGAAGAGAGGUUCUCAAUGGCUCAGGUCAUCACAGACAUUAUGCACAGAAGGCCUCGACUAGAUCUGGAUGCUGAAGCUGAGUGCUUCGUUCAGACCUACCGGGCAGAGAUGGUCUGUUUGCAGACACACGAGCAGCUCAUCAGAGAUGUGCUGAACAGCCAGAUCGAACACCAGAGGCAGUACCUCCAACGCGUGUGGAGGGGAGACCAGGGACUACAAGGAGCCUCUCCUCAGGACUAUGGCCUCCCUCCCAAUUAUGUGGCCAAACAUCCAGUGUCCCUCAGUGGUGGCAGACCUGCCCUGAUGAAUAUGUUCCUUUUGGAGGUGCACCCCUCCUUGAGUCUGGCCUCUGAGGUGUACCAGGCUCUGACCCAGUCCCAUGCUCGGCUCUGCCAGUUCCACUGUGCCAGGGGAAUGGCUGAGAGGGUUUCCCUGGAACAGAAGCUCCUAGAGCAGGCGCUACAACACUGGCACUCCCUGGCUCCCCCUGGGGCCUCCUACAGCUCUCAAACACAAAAGGAUUUGUUUUCAGAUCUGUUCAUGGAAGAUCCAUCCCUGGUCCGAGCAGCCGGCAUGUCUCUGAUCAGGUCUGCUGAGGAGCAGGACAUGAAGCAGGGGAAAGACAAACAGUUAUUUGUUGUGGAAACCUUCUCCAAGCUUUUGGAGAUAGUCACCAUCCAUCACCGCCUCGUGGAGACAGCUGCAGAGACUGAACAUCUGGCACAGCUGUACAAAGCACAGUCUCUAGAGCUGGGCUUCGACGAGUCCCACUUGUAUGUGCGUCCGGUGCAGUUUGGGUUUACUGUGCAGAGAGACGAGAUGGCGCAGCGGCCUACGUUUGUUACGGCGUUACUGCAGGACGACAGGUGGAUAGACAGGUACACUCCGUCCAGCCUCCCACUAAGUGUCCACGAGCUUGAUGAGAACCACAUUGGAAAGUUCUGUUUCGGCACUGAAGAUGCGGUAGUGCAUCUGAUGAGCAGGUCAGCCAUAGAGAACCUGCAGGUGAUCCUGGCCUGUCAGGUGACUCAGAAGAAUGCUCUGAUUGGUGCAGUGAAGCAGGUGUACCUCUGCAAUUGGUCAGAGACUUUCACGGGCUCUCCUGGGGAGGAUCUCAGUUCCAGCUGUGAUUUGAAUUCCUUAGUGAAGCUGGGUCCUGGAGUUACGAGUGAACCAAAGACAACCGGUAGCAGAACCAAGGGCAGGUUGGCUGAGGCGUUUGUCUCCAUUCAGCUGGAGAAAGUGGGUCCACAAGAUGAGAUGCUGAACUCUUUCAUAAAGAGACAGACCAAGAGUGUUGUGAUGACCCCAGUAAGUGGAAGGUCGUAG